AUGAAUAAUUUUAGCACGAAAAGGCUACCAGUAACACCGAUAACAGGUACUCCAAUAGAAAAGGAUGUUCAGAUUCCAGAAUCUGUUGUGACUGAAGAAAUAUUUGUACCUAUUGGGAAAUCAGCGAGAGAUCCACUACCAUCAAAAGGUGUAAUGACUGCAAACAGAAAUAAAAUAACAGCACAAACUGGAGCUGGAAUAUCGCAUACGAGAAUACCAACAAAUAUACGAUUUACAGAGGAGCGGCAUCGAUCACGUAUUGUCAAUAUUUUUAACGAACAGAAACCAGAGAAAUGA